GCUCUGCCGGCGCAACCUUGGCGCUCCGCUGCUCCACCGUUGGAGUGUUUUCAAGCGAUUUUGUGCGUUUGUUUGGUGAACGCCACGGCAUAAAUACGAGUAUGUAGUGCGUCAGUGGAGGUCGUGUGUGUAGUGUGUUUAAGUGCAGAGUGUGCCUCGAAUUGUAGAAUUUCGCCUUCUACACUUUGUGUUUCAAUUUAUUUGAUUAAUUUCUCAUUACUUUUUCGGCGGUUGUCAGUUUGGAAAUUCCAACUGACGAAAUUUCGCAAAUGUCACAAAAUGAACUGCUGCAAUUCGUAAACUGUCGUUUGGUGCGCAACCAUCAGCUGGUGCUGGAAGAUCUCUGGGUGCGCAAUGGCAAAAUCAUUAACCCGGAGCCAGUGUUCUUCGACGAGAAGCAGCAGGCGCAUAUGCAGAUUGAUUGCGGAAACUCUAUAAUUGCUCCUGGCUACAUUGAACUGCAAAUCAAUGGUGGAUAUGGCGUUGAUUUUUCACAUGAUGUGGACACUGUCGCCGAAGGUAUUGAGCAGGUCGCCCAAGAACUAAUCACAAAUGGUGUUACUUCGUUUUGUCCCACAAUUGUAACCUCUCCACCGGAAACUUAUCGGAAAAUCAUACCUCAAGUAAAUGGCAAGACAAAAGGCGCACAAGUUUUGGGUCUGCAUUUGGAGGGACCCUUUAUUAGCCCACAAAAGAAGGGUGCGCAUCCAGAAAACUGCAUAAAAAAUAUUGAUAAAGGCAUGGAAACUUUAGUGGACACCUACAGCAACUUGAGUAAUGUCAAAAUUAUUACAAUAGCGCCGGAAAAAGAUCCUGAGGGUACUGUGACAAAGGCACUAACGCAAAUGGGUAUAACGGUAGCUCUGGGGCAUUCCGUAGCGAAUUUGUCACAAGGUGAAGUGGGCGUACAAAGUGGCGCACGCUUGAUAACACAUCUGUUCAAUGCCAUGCUUCCAUUUCAUCACCGCGACCCGGGACUUGUUGGCUUACUGGCAUCUAAUAACAUACCACCAGGACAGGAGAUUUAUUUUGGCAUUAUAGCUGAUGGUGUGCACACGCAUCCGGCUGCUUUGCGUAUAGCACACCGCACACAUCCGAACGGGCUUAUAUUGGUUACCGAUGCCAUAGCAGCAUUAGGUCUAGAUGAAGGCAAACACCACUUAGGCCAACUGGAGCUUGAAGUGCGCGAAGGCAAGGCCUACAUUGCUGGCACAAAUACAUUAUGUGGCAGCAUAGCUCCGCUGGAUACGUGUGUGCGCAUCUUCAAAAAGGCUACAAACUGCUCAACAGUAUAUGCUAUAGAAUGCGCUACACUACAUCCGGCCAGCUGUUUAAAAAUUACGGAAACAAAGGGCACUUUAAAUUUUGGCGCUGACGCCGAUUUCGUUAUGUUGACAGAUGACUUGUUUGUGAAAUCAACCUGGAUUAGCGGGAAAUGUGUUUACCGUUAUCCAGUUGAGGAAUUAGCCGCACUUAAAGCCAGACCAAUCGAACAAUUAUGCGAAUGCAUUUAACCCGACUUUUAUAAUGUAUACUAUUCAUAUGAAACAACGUUUUUAUAAAAAACAAUAGCAAAUAUUAAAAAAAAAUUGAAUAAGCUCCUCAGUUAA